UUAUGCAACCGUAAAAUCGAUUUACAGGCAGGUUUGGCCGUUAUUAUCGAGAAGAUUCGGUGCAGAAUUCGGUCUGUGGAAGACUCGGUGCGAUGACAGCUUCCAAGGAUCCGAGCAAGAAGAAACCAAAGGAGGAUCAGCAAGAUGAGGAGUUUGUGGACGUCAGCACCCCGCAGAGGAACUGGAAGGGCAUCGCCAUCUCUCUGCUGGUGAUUGUGGCAGUCUGCUCGCUCAUCACCAUGUCUGUGGUCAUCCUCACACCAGCUGAUCUCCCAGGCAGCAGCAAGUCUGCACUGACUGUAGACGAUCUCUACACUUCAGAGUUAACUGUGCACGACCCAGAAGCCACAUGGAUAAGUGAUUCUGAAGUAGUCUACAGGAACCGAUAUAAUCAUGUUGUGAAAUUUGAUUUCACUCUCAACGAGACUCAAGUCCUAUUGAGCAACGCAACGUUUGCAGCGUUCAAGGUGGCAAAGUACUCACUCUCAGCAGACCUUCAAUACGCACUUUUUGCUUAUGACGUCAAACAGACGUACAGAUAUUCCUACCAGGCUUCUUACAUCGUUUACAACCUCUACACCCGGGAGGUUUGGGAGCUGAACCCUCCAGAGGUUCCCAAUGCUGUGCUGCAGUAUGCGGCGUGGGGAAAACAAGGACAGCAACUGAUUUAUAUUUUUGAGAACAACAUCUACUACCAGUUGGACGUGAGGAGCAAUUCUCUGAGGAUCACCUCUUCUGGCAUGGAGGGCGUUAUCUUUAACGGGCUUGCUGACUGGCUGUAUGAAGAAGAGAUUCUGCACUCCCACCUGGCCCACUGGUGGUCUCCUGAUGGAGAGAAACUGGCUUUCCUCACCAUCAACGACACACUGGUGCCCAACAUGGCUUUACCCCAGUUCACUGGCAGCACCUACCCUCGCGGACUGCAAUAUCCGUAUCCGAUGGCCGGCCAAAUAAACCCUGUGGUCAAGUUGUCUGUGGUCAAUCUUGUCGGGAUAACGCACACUGUGGAGCUGCAGCCUCCCAAUCAGCUCGGGCUAAGGGAUUUCUACAUCACCAUGGUGAGGUGGAUCAGUAACACGCACCUCGCUGUGCGCUGGAUGACUCGGGCCCAGAAUGCGUCAGUGCUGACAGUGUGCGAUGCUGCUGUUGGAGUCUGCUUUGUGAGGCUUGAGGAGUCUUCAGAUUCAUGGAUCUCCAGGCAGACCCAGGAGCCUCUGUUUUCUCAGGACACAAGUAGGUUUUUUCUUGCUGUUCCUGAGAGACAAGGUGACCAGGGUGGCUUCCACCACAUCGCCAUGUUUACCAAAAAGCAGGGGGGCAACGAGGAUAAGAUUGAGCACAUAACGUCUGGCGUCUGGGAGGUGACCCAAAUUGUGUCUUACAAUGAAAACAAGCAGGUCAUAUACUUCCUGAGCACAGAAGUUUCUGCACAAGAGAGACAUUUAUACAGUUUGUCCACCUUUGGUGUAUUUCCACGACAAUGCCUCACCUGUGGACUGCGAGAAACAUGCAAGUUCUUCAAUGCUAACAUCAGCCCUGACGCGCAACACGCCAUCCUGCACUGCAAAGGUCCAGGAGUUCCAUCAGUACUGCUUCUGAGUUUGGAUGAGGUGGAAUCAGCCUAUUUCAUCCUGGAAAAUAACCACCCUACGUGGUCAAUGCUGUCCACCAAAAGAACAGUUCAGACCCAAAUCCACACCAUCCAUCACGGCAACGUUGAGCUGCCUCUGAAGCUCAUCCUUCCUCUUGACUUCUCUGAGUCCUUCCUCUAUGGCCUUCUGCUCAUUGUUGCCACCUCUCCUGGUGAUCAGGCAGUCACAGAGGAGUUUCAGUUGGACUGGGACUGGGUCCUAGUGGGGUCAGGGCAGGUGAUUGUGGCUCGGCUUGACGGUCGGGGUUCUGGAUUCCGAGGUCAAAGGAUGUUGCAGGACCUCCAUCAGAACAUUGGGCAAGUGGAUGUUGAGGAUCAGAUAGCAGCUUUGGCGUACAUGGUGAAACUGCCCUUCAUCGAUCCAACUCGGGUCGGCGUUUUCGGAGAGCACUAUGGCGGUUACCUGUCUCUUAUGCUGCUGAAGUCGACCGAGGGGAUGAUCCGGUGCGCUGCCGCUCAGGCUCCUGUUGUGGAUUGGACCAUGUACGCUUCAACAUUCUCAGAAAGAUACUUUGGAUUGCCUUCAACCGAGGAGAACAGAUAUCAAAUGUCCAAAGUUCUUCCAGACAUGAAAGGCCUGCAGGGAGGAACUCUGUUUCUUGCCCAUGGGACGGCCGAUGCAAAUGUUCACUUUCAGCACUCCGCGGAGCUCAUCAAGCACUUGAUUGGGAUUGGAGCCAACUAUACCAUGCAGAUCUACCCUGACGAGGGCCACUUCCUGUCAAGACAAAGUCAAAUUCAGCUCAGGCACUCUUUGAUUGGUUAUUUUAGAGGUUGUCUGUUGGAUGCGUCGUCGUUACUGGACCGGGAAGAGGACGAAUGAGGAGGAACCCCACAGAAGAAUAGUGUGUGUGUUUUAUACCCUUAGCCCAGUAUUUGAUCAACAAAUAACUGAGGAUUUUGAACAGGGGUGUCCAAACAUUUUCCUCCAAGGGUCAGAAGAAAUGAAGGACGCAAGGGUCACUCUGACAUCCAACUUUUAUUAAUUCCAUUCAUUAAACUCGCUAAAACCAACCCAUCCAACAAUUACAUAUAUUUUUUAUUUUAUUUUUGAAAAAGUUGCUACACUGCAGCUUUCUGGUAAACGUGAUAAAGCAAAAAGUAUAGGAUUUUUCUGAAUUUUGGGGUGUCCUGUGUCCCACAAGAACACUGCAGUGAGCAGAAGCUGAACUAUGUUAAACAACAAAAACAAGCGCAACCUUUACCAAGCCAAUUAUGAAAGUAGUUAGUUGAGGAUCUUUGCUGUAACAGACUGUGACUUAAAACAGGAAUUGCCAUCAACAUUAUUUGCCUCAAAUGAAAUUACAGUGGUGCCUUGACGUUACAAUAUGUUAUGUGACCGGGUUCGUAACUCAAAACACGUGUAUCUCAAAACAUCUUUACCAUUUGAAAUAAAAGGAGAUGCCAUUAAUUCGUUCCUGAAUCCCAAAGAACCACACCUAACAUGUUUUUAAAUACAGAAAGUAACACUCUAUAUUUAUCCGAAAUAAAACAUAUAAACAAAUAAUAAAAAAAUGAUUAAAUAAUUGUGAAGAAUUAAACUGUGAAUCAUGACUAAUUCUUCACUGUCGUCGUGUGACUCCCUUUGGGUGUGCCUUGGUCUCCUGAUACAAUGUAAUACAGACAUUCAGAUAUGGAGACUGAUGAGAUGGUUACAACUCAGUAAGAUGCAUUAAUAGAAUUUAUUUUAGUAUUGUCUGUGUUUAUUUGUUGCUCAUCUUGUCGCUGUCUUUGUUUGAUGUUUAGUUUGACGGUAAAAGCUGGGAGUGUCAUUCAACAAUUGGAAGGUUCUUUGUUUGAAAAAGAGUUGUUCACUAUCUGUCAAACUGCUGCUGGUUGUUCGGUGAGUUGUGUUGAUUUUACUGCCGACUUUUGUUCAAAAUUCAAAGCAAAAAAAUCGGCCAAACGGCUUGCGUCUCGACAACCUUGGGUCACUCGUAUCGCAAGGCACCACUAUAACUUUAUUGAAUGUUAUGAAGAGGAAUGUUAUAAUUUUAGCUUAAAAUAGUUUCCGCAUCUUUAUAAUAAAAACAAUUUAUUGUUAGUAUUGGUAGACGUAAUUGUGGGUGUCGCACCCUUCCUUUUCUUUCAAAGCUACACUUUUCAUAUGGCCCACAUACACUUACUUUUUGUAAUAAAUAUAAUUGUGUCCAAUGUAAAAAAUGAUUGGUAAUACAGUACUGGUUUAUGCCACCAGACACACACAAAAAAUAAAGGCCAGCAGGCCAGAAAUUGCCCUUGGGCCAUAGUUUGGUCACCCCUGAUUUAGAAGCAAAAUGAUGCUAUGAUGAUCAUCUUCCGGGAUUGAUAUCACCAUAUCCUGUUUUUAAAACCUUAAAGUAAUAUUUAAAAAUACCGUAUGUGCAUAGAGUUGGAUAAAAAGUGGUUAGUGAUCUUGGCACGUGAAGCCACCAACACUGUGUUGCAGUCCAGUCUUUGUCGACUGUUUGCUUUAAUGCGGUGGGUUGAGUUUUCAGACCGGGUUUUUUGUGAUUUUAAAGAGACUCAAUCACUCAUUGUUGGGCAUUGUGAACGUGGAGCUAUUUAACUGGAGAGUUACAGCAUUAAUGUUUGUAUGGUCAUAUUGCUGACUCCCCUUUAACCUAACAUUGCAUCCGUAAUAAGAGCUUACCUUUUUAAUAUGUCACAUUUAUUGACAAGGGGCCUAGCCCUUAAUACACUCUAUUCUAAAAUAAUACUUAGAGAAAAAUGUACAGUUCUAUUGGUCAUUGCCAAAGGAUGCAGACAGGCAACAAUAAUUUAUUAGGAAUCACAACCUGUCUCACUUAGCAAGAGAGCUGAUGAGCUAGAAAUAUGAACUUUAUUUGUGUUGUGGAAACGAUAUUUUAUGUUAAUACAGUACAGUAUAUAAUUUAGUGCAUGAAAAGUAAAAAUGU